AUGUACCCGAAGAAGAAGAAGAACGACCCCAGUUGGAUCUACGUGAAGCUGGACCACGCCAUCUUGGUGGGCGGCAUCAAGGAUCGGACGAAGCGGUCGAGUCGUCGGCGGCCUGGCUGGGACUACGUUUCCUUCCCUGCCCCCGCGGCCAGCGAGAGGACGGGCGUCCUGGAGAAGGCCCGGGAGAGGCCGCUCGAGGCCGAGCUGUAUCUGUCCAGCGCUCAUGGCUAUGUGGCCUCCUUGUCCUGGUUUCGCUCUGGGCUGGCUGGCGCGUGGAGUACAUGGAGCUGGGGGCCGACGGUGGGUUUCGCCAUCGUCUCCGGAGGAGUGGCCAUCUCUGGCAACCUGUGGCGGUGGAUGCGAUGGGUGAUGGAGGAGCUCGAGGAUGGCCACCACUCGCUUCUCGUAGCCGACGACGUCCGAGGCGGCUAUCGCGACCUCUACCUAGGCGGCAGGCUCGAAACUCCCAUCAUGAUCCUCACCGCGUCGGUGGCCCUCAGGCCAGGUCUCUGGAGUUGCUGCCAACAGAUGCCAUCGCAACGGCUAGAGGGGGAAACGCCUCCAGGGAUCUCCAGGGACAGCGACGGGGAGGCGGGCCUCUCCCAGGCGGGUUCGUCGGACGAGUCGGUGCCAGCCAAGGGCACGCAGGAGACGCCAGCCACGGGGAGCAGCCUGUUCGACGACACGAGCAAUGCGGACAAGGCCUCGCAGGGAUGCCAGCCCGCGCAGGCCGCGUCGCCCACGGCGGCCACGCCGGGUGCUGCGGCGUGUCCUUCCAUCGACCUGGGGACAGCGGAGACGCUGCUGGGCGCGGGGGGGAGCCCCGAGCCGUUGAUGGAGGUAGGCGGGGGCCCCAGGGAGCAGGCGCUGGCCGACCUCGGGAAGAUCGAUGCGCUGCCCGCCGCCGCCCGCCUCGCGGGCCUCACCUCCUACGUGGCGCCAGAGCUGCUGUUCAAGACCUACGGGACGGACGCCAGCUUGGGCAAGUUCGCGACGGACUGGGUUCGCCCCAGUUACCCGAGUCGCGACCACCUCGGCCACCAGAGGAGGCUGCACUGCAUGAAGCUGGAUCGGAGGUCGGAGGCCUCGCCCGAGAUCACCCAGACGGCGAGGUACGAGACCCUGUGCGCCCGAGUCUACGCGCCGAUGCGGGCGUUCGAGGACGCGGCAGGCAUCAUCGACGGGAAGCAGCCUCGGGACAGCGGGGCCGACAAGUGGAUGUUCAGGGUGCGCUGGGACCUCACGGACGAGCUGGACUGGAGGUCUCUCACGGAGGGCGAGGAGGCGCUCACGAGAAUGGAGCGCUACUUGACGGCCAGGCUGCAGCAGAGGGUUCUUCAACAUACGUAUCCGCAGAUGGAGGGCUCGGACGCAGCUACGGAGGAGGACGAGCAGACGGGGGAAUGGACGCUCCUGGAGGCGUGGCUAGCUUGGGGCAGCCAGGUGGCCGCGAUCAAGGUGGACGAGGACGCUGCCCUUUGCCCUGCCAGGACCGUGGACAUCUGCCCGCUCGCCACCGAGGACCUCUCCGACGGUGCGGGAAGGAUGCCACGCCAGCCCCACCCCGCCAUGGACGGGGAGCUGAGGGGCCAAAAGUUCCACCGAGAUUCGUCUUUCCGAUCGAGGACAUUUCCUCCCAAUCUGGUCGAGAAGCCCUGGGAGGCAGGGAUGCUGGAGACCACCGACAAGCUGGUCGAGGGCAUGCCGCUCUUCGGGGUCAUCCAGAAGCGCAAGGUCCGCGCCAUCUGGGACUGGAGGCGGGCCAACCUCCGCUGGCAGACGCCCAGGCACGGGCCCCUGGGCAGCUCCGCGACCCCGACCGACCUGGACCUCUCCAACCUCGGCGAGGCGGACGUGGUCUACACAGGGGUGGUCGAUAUCCCCGACAGGUUCGACCGCUUCGAGACGCUGCCCGAUGUCUGGCUCUACUUUGUCUUGGGGGGGCUGCCCCUCCACGAGUUCUUCGACUACAUGAGGACCGCCAGGCAGGGCUACGUCAUCCCCUAUGGCGGGCCCCUCCUGGCGGUGAAGGUCUCGGUCAAGGGCCGACCGUGGCUCCUGCCUCUGGCCCAUUCCAGGCCGAAGGCUCUCACGGCGCGCAGGCUCUGGGCGGGAACCGGGGAUGCGCGCCUGGUCUACGGAGCUCCGACGCACCAGUUGAUCGGGCCCGUCGAUCUCGAGUCAGGGAGCUGGGCGUACAUGGACGACUACGCGGUCGUGGCCUCGUACGCCAGCGGGCGGCAGCCAGUGAGCGAGGUCAUGAGGCCGACCUUACACUGUCUCGGCCCAGAUCGAUCGCACGUGUGGCCUGGCUCUGGCGGCGCUGGGGCUGGCGGUGCGAACCUUCUGGACCCCGGAGCCACCGUGAAGCUGUGGGCGUGGGCGGCCGUCUCUCAGCGCGUGGGCCUCGCCAUCCGCGACCGUGUCUACCGCGAGAUGAGGCACCCAGCGGCUGCCAGGACGCCGUUCUGCCUACCAGACGCGGCGAGGGGGGGGGGGCUGACGACGUUGGCCUACUGCACCACGCUCAAGCACACGGAUCUCGAGGCGCCCUGGCUCUCGCAGGUGUCCAUGACGGGUGUGACGGACUCCAAGGACAAUGGCCACGGGGUCGCAGUCACCGAGGCCUCGCUGGAGGAGGUCAGGACGGCCACGGGCUACACCGAGAUGAGAGGGUGGACGAUCGCCACCGACGUCUGGGUCCCCCACGUUGGGGGGUGCACCAACUACGUGGGCGAGCUCGCCGACCCGUCGGCUACACCUCCGCCGCGGGUCAGCCGGAGGAUCAACCAGGCGUUCUACCUCUUCGCGGGCAGGCGCCGAGAGGGAGAUCUGGAGGAGGCCAUCUACGCGCGGGCGGAGUGCGACGGCUACGAGAUCCAGGUCUGGUCCAUCGGCUCGGUGAUCGAGCCGAAGCACGACCGCCCCAACGACAAGCUGGUCAGCGCGAUUCUGGGUCAGACGCGCGACGGGCACUCCCACGCAGUGAUUGCCCCGCCGCCAUGUUCUACCUGGAGUCGAGCAUGCCUCCUGAAAGAGAGGCCCAGGCCCCCGCGGACGCGCCUCGAGCCUUGGGGGCGGAGCGACAUACUACUCACCACCUUCGAGCACAUCCGCCUGGACCUUGGGUCGCGCCACCUGCUCACGGCCAUGCAGGCGGUCCACGAGGUUUGCCGAACUGGUGGCCUGUGCUUGACAGAUCACCCCGCGGACCCAGAGGAGGACCUGUACACGUCCAUCGGGAACCCCCCCGAUAUGGCCUGCCUCUGCGAGGAGGCGGGCGGCCAGAUCCAUCAGAUCGACCAGGGCCGCUACGGAGCUUCGCCGAUGGAGUCGACCAUGAAGGGCAUCUUCGGGGUCUACGACGACGCACUGGACCUCGCCGCGGGCCGUCUCCGCCCGAGAGGCAACCACCGAGGGAGGCAUCCAGCGAUAUUCGAGGGGCGAGUGGAGCGGGGCCGCCCCGACAUGUGCACCGCCUCCGCCCAGGCUUUCCAGCCCCCGCGGUGCGCCGCGCGAGGGAGGGCGAUCCUCGAGGCGUUGGCCCGCAUGACGAAGGAGAUAAAGGGCCCCGAUCCAGCGUGCUCGUGGGCCUCCACAUCUACGACGCCAUUCGGGCCGCCGGGGCCGGGAGGGGCGGAGAUCGAGGUCCCCCCCGCUGUCCCCUGCUUGGAUGCCACCUGCGAGAUGGCGGCCACUCUACGUCGGCGGACGCUGAAGGUCCUGAGCUUCGCCAGCGGCAUGGUCGCCCAGGGAGCCCCAGGCGAGGGCCAUCAGAGCUCAUCAGCCCUGUUACGCCUGGGCCACGGGCACUACCGCUACGUCCCGCUGGAGCUGCGGGGGCCGCAGGAGUGGGACAACUACGAGAAGGAGACGUACCUGGGCAUCCGCGAGGGCGGAUCCACAAGGCGAUUCACCCGCUCCGUGGCGGACGUGAUCACGGUAGAGUGGGCCCCGAAGGUGCAGGACACUCUCAGCUACCGCGUCGACAAGGGUUGGGAGCUUCGGUGCACGAGCGCCAUGGGCCACGCCCUGGCCGACUGCAGGGACAUGAAGUGCUACCGAGACCGACUCCGCCCCACCUGGGGGUCGAUCUUCCUGUCAGGGCGACUGGGGAGUUGGCCUGAGCUGAAGAGCCAGCUCCCCUUGGCCUUGCGAAGCUUAAAGAGUUGUAAGAGGUUGGUCGUCCCUGUAGAGGGAGGCCAGUGGCCGGAGGAGGCCGUCUUCGCCAUCGCCGCUUACGUUCUGAAAGGGGGGCUCCUGGACGAAGCCAUCGGGACCCUCAGGCAGUACGACGUCUACGGGCAGGAGCAGGAUAGGGCAAG